CACGCACGCACGCACCAUGUGGCGCCGACUCCAAACCCUAGCCCCGGCCCUCCGCCGCGCCGCAGCCGGAGCCGGCGCGGCCCCCACCCCCAUCACCGCCCGGGCCGCGCCCUUCUCCACGGCGGCCGCCGCCUUCCGCCGCACCACCCCCCUCUCCUCCGGGGACAAGCCGCUGACUGUGGAGGACAUCGUGCCCAUCGCCACGGGCCAUGAGCGCGAGGAGCUCGAGGGGGAGCUCCAGGGGAAGAAGCGCUUUGACAUGGAUGCUCCCUGUGGCCCCUUCGGUACCAAGGAGGCACCAGCUGUCAUUGAGUCAUACUACGACAAGAGAAUAGUAGGCUGCCCGGGUGAUGAAGGAGAGGAUGAGCAUGAUGUCGUAUGGUUCUGGUUGAAAAAAGAUGAGCCACAUGAAUGCCCAGUUUGCUCACAAUACUUCACGCUUAAGGUCAUUGGUGAUGGUGGAAACCCAGAUGGGCAUGACACUGAUGAUGAAGGUCAUCACCACUAAGGAUGCCUUGUGGUUCUGAAAAUAAGAAUUUGAUGAGGCAUAUGAUAUCGUUUACGCUUUCUAGCACCAGACUGCUCCACGGCAUCCUUGUUUAUGAAUAUACAUUUGGCCAUCAAGCAGGUGGUAGUUUUCGCCUUAGGUUUUUUGUCGAAACAAAACUUUCUUCCGAUUUGACCAGUGCGUGUCUUAUGGAGCAUCAUCGAAUAAAAGAUGACUGCAGAGAUUUUUGCUUUUGCUGCAUAGUGGCCAUCGGGUGUGAUGGACCUCACCUAUUCAAUCAUGCAAGAAUUUAUGUUGUGCUGUCUAGUGUGACAGGCAGUUUGCAAACUCUUCUGUUAAAUUAACAGCUUCUUGUGCA